CCCAGGUCACCUUUCUUGCGCUCUUUCCCCAAGGCCCAGCCCCCGACCCUUGGCCUGCUGCCUCAGCAGUUCCUAGAACCCGGGCGUUCAGGGAAGGUGGCCCUGGACCCCACUCGGUGCAGUGGGAGCUGAUUUUCUUACAUGUUAAGUGUUUUGCUCUCCUGAAGGUUUCUUGUAAGACCAUUCUGUGUUGUUCCUCACCAGGGGCCGCCUGCCUACCUCCAGGUGAACGCUGCUUUAGGGGAGAAGGAACUGCUUCCGCAGCCCCCACUCCCCAGUGGUCCAGACCCAGCGCCACAGCCCCUUGUGUUGUGCUGGUGUGGUUCACCGGGGUUGGCGCAGGGCUCAGGUCUUCUCCGCUCUCAGCUUUGUUUGGGUCUCCUUGGUUCCUGUCUCUCUGAUGCCUGCCCAACCCACAAAGGAGAUGGUGGCCUUGGGGUUACAUCAGUAGGUUGUUUCCGAGGAUAAGUAGCAAGCAGCUGGCAUUUACCAGUGCUUUGUCCCCAGAGAGGUCUGCAGAACCCCCACGCCCACCCUGCCCCUGGGCUUUAGGCACAGCACUAUCCAUCUCUGGGUGGACUCUGUUGCAGGUGACAGCGUGGCUACACCAGUGUCCUGUGCGGUGGAGUUGUAAUUUCUCUCCCUUUGAAGAUCAGACAUGCUCCUUUUGAUGGCCUGUUUCGCCUUAGUGUUACAUGGGCCUGUGCAAGACUUCAGUCUGAAGCCCCAUGUGCAGACUCAUUUUCGAAUGGUAGAGCUGAGUAUCAGUCCAACCAGUGGCAUUUGCAAGCAUGUCUAUGGCUUCUCUUUUAACGAUGCGUCCCUGGUUGGAUAGCACCUUCAUGAGGUGUAUUCAGGUAGCACGGUCUGUCAUGUUAGAGGAAACAGUCAUUGGUUUUGGACUGAGAUUGUUAAGCCGAAGCUGGAUUGAGCUGCAGUUUUUUUCCCUCUGCAGUGUGAGUCUUAAUGCAGGAUGCCCAAGCUGCACCCUAGGCUGCUUCUCCGAGGGCAGGAUGUGGAAACUCUUGGGGAAGAGCCCACUCUGGUAUAUUCUUGCGGUUUUUCAGUAGUACUGCAUGGGCUUGGAGUCCUGUGAAUGUUGGUGUUCGGAAGGCAGCCUUGCAUCUGCAGUCUGUGCAGGGAGCAGCGAGGCCCACCCAUAGGUGCUGACCACUGGCUGCGUACUCCUGUGUGUUCACACAGAGCUGUUAACAUGAUUGCAUCCCCUAGGCUUCAUUUUAUGGUUUGGAUGUGCUCCCAGGCUUGUGCACUCUGAAGCUCAGUGUCCUGACAUUUGACAGGUUGGUUUCUGUCACGAAACCUUUCUUUUCUUUUUUUCUUUUUGAUGUGUCAAAGGCUCCUGGAAUCCCUUGUGUUUUGUUUGCAUGCUUUGUGCUGCAUUUCUGCAGAUGCCUGGAUAGCGUAAUAGGAAGCCCUGCUGUGUGUCUUAGGAUCACAGAAGAGGCCUCCAUUAAAGGAUUUGCUUAGCAGAUAGGCUAUUCCCUUGUGACUCUCCACCAGAGGUUUCCUGCCACGUGGGCUUCAGAGCAAUGGCCACGGAGGAGAAGAAGCCCGAGACAGAGGCUGCAAGAGCCCAGCCCACCCCUUCCUCAUCCGCUACACAGAGCAAGCCCACACCUGUUAAACCAAACUAUGCUCUGAAAUUCACCCUGGCCGGCCACACAAAAGCUGUGUCCUCCGUGAAGUUCAGUCCCAAUGGAGAGUGGCUGGCAAGCUCAUCUGCUGAUAAACUUAUUAAAAUUUGGGGAGCCUAUGACGGGAAGUUUGAGAAGACCAUCUCUGGUCACAAGCUGGGAAUAUCGGACGUAGCCUGGUCAUCAGAUUCCAAUCUCCUCGUUUCUGCCUCUGAUGAUAAAACCUUGAAGAUCUGGGAUGUGAGCUCGGGCAAGUGUCUGAAAACGCUGAAGGGGCACAGUAACUACGUCUUCUGCUGCAACUUCAACCCACAGUCCAAUCUCAUCGUCUCAGGGUCUUUUGAUGAAAGUGUGAGGAUAUGGGACGUGAAGACGGGGAAGUGCCUCAAGACUCUGCCGGCUCAUUCAGAUCCAGUCUCAGCUGUCCAUUUUAAUCGUGAUGGAUCCUUGAUAGUUUCAAGUAGCUACGAUGGUCUCUGCCGCAUCUGGGACACCGCCUCGGGCCAGUGCCUGAAGACACUCAUUGAUGAUGAUAACCCCCCCGUGUCCUUUGUGAAGUUCUCUCCAAAUGGCAAAUACAUCCUGGCUGCCACUCUGGACAACACGCUGAAGCUCUGGGACUACAGCAAGGGCAAGUGCCUGAAGACGUACACUGGGCACAAGAAUGAGAAGUACUGCAUUUUUGCCAAUUUUUCUGUGACUGGUGGGAAGUGGAUCGUGUCUGGCUCUGAAGAUAACCUGGUGUACAUUUGGAACUUGCAGACGAAGGAGAUUGUCCAGAAGCUGCAGGGGCACACAGACGUUGUGAUCUCCACGGCUUGUCACCCGACAGAGAACAUCAUCGCCUCGGCUGCGCUAGAAAACGACAAGACCAUUAAACUGUGGAAGAGUGACUGCUAAGUGCCCUGGUGCCACAGGGGCUGUCGGGACGUUGACCCUGAUGGGCAAGAAACGUGGCAGAGGGGCCCAAUUCAGGCCUGAGGUGGCCGAGGGGAAGUGCACGCCACCAGAAGGUUCUAGAGGUUGCUGUGACACUUCUGCCAACUCUGCCCUGUCUGGGAGGAGAUCCCAGUCUGUUGUGCUCAGAGAGGCAACCAGAUUUUUAAUUUUUUAUUACAAGAGUGAAGUUCAAUUUAUCAUGGGUUGUGUUUUUUCCAGUAAUUGUUCUGUACAUUUUUGAUAUUUUAUUACCCAGUGGGAGCGCUGUGACCAGUCCCCUCCUGGGGCCCUGGGCCACUUUCCCGGCCCCUCCCACCCUCGCCUGCCACGUGGUGUCCUCACGCCGCAGCUCUGCCUGCCUGCCUGUCCGUCGACCCCUGCCUGUUGUAGUUCCCGGCGCGUUUCCAAGUCUUCCUGGAAAGUGCAGCACUGUAAGGUUGCCUGUGUGAAGUUCUGUGUUUUGGGAGUUGGAGGCUGGUGGCCUGGCAGCUUGGUGGCUGCAGACAGUUUCCCCUUCGUGCCCAGCACUCACACAGCUGCACACGAGCUGUAAUAAAAGGUGGGAUUUUAUAUACA